GCCGAGCGCCGAGCGGUCGAUCGCCCUCGCUCCCGCAGUCUGCGCUCCGCUCGCCGGGGGCUCCACCCGCCAUUGUAGACCCGUAGUCCGUUAUGGAGCAUGCCAUUACCCCGUUGGAACCCCUGCUUCCCGCUGCUGCUCCCCAUUGCUCACAGCAGAGCCUGAGCUCCGCCUCCUGUCAGCAUUACGGAAGUUUGAAAUACUGCCUUGUGAUUCUGAAUCAGCCAUUGGACAAAUGUUUUCGUCAUCUUUGGUGCAAAGCUCUUCUAAGAGCCUGUGCUGAUGGAGGUGCCAACCGCUUAUAUGACAACACUGAAGGAGAGAGGGAAAGCUUUUUGCCUGAAUUCAUCAGUGGAGACUUUGAUUCGAUUAGGCCUGAAGUUAGAGAAUACUAUGCUACCAAGGGAUGUGAAAUUAUUUCAACUCCUGAUCAAGACCAUACUGACUUUACCAAGUGCCUUGAAGUGCUCCAAAAGAAGAUAGAAGGAAAAGACCUGCAGGUAGAUAUGAUUGUGACCUUGGGAGGACUUGCUGGGCGCUUUGACCAGAUUAUGGCAUCUGUGAACACUUUGUUCCAAGCAACUCGAAUCACUCCUUUGCCAAUUAUAAUAAUCCAAGAGGAAUCUCUCAUCUACCUGCUCCAACCAGGAAAGCACAAAUUGCAUGUAGAUACUGGAAUGGAAGGUGACUGGUGUGGCCUUAUUCCUGUUGGACAGCCAUGCAAUCGGGUUAUGACAACAGGCCUAAAGUGGAACCUCACAAAUCAUAUGCUUAGUUUUGGAACACUGGUCAGCACUUCCAAUACGUACGAUGGAUCUGGUGUUGUGACUGUGGAAACAGACCGUCCCCUCCUCUGGACCAUGGCCAUCAAAAACUGACCCAUGACUGACCUCCACAGCUGUGCCUCUGACUAACCUCUUGCCAACAACUUCACUCUCAACAAGAACAGUUCCCCUUGGCUGGAAGGAAUCUAAACCGGUCCCUGGGAAGCCCGCUAAUUCUAAAUACAUUAAUGUUUAGAUCAUCCAGGUAACAUUAUGAAUGAUGGAUCUCAAUUUUACAGUGAGGGGGAGAAAUCAACAUUUGUUAAGAAAGUAAAUAUGCUCUAUUACAUUCACUUGGAGAACUAAUGUGAAUCAUUCCACUCUGAAUUCAGUACUGAUCACUCUUCUGUUAUUCAUCAUUUCAUGUAUCCUAGAAAAUUGUUUUUAAUUUUGAAGCUGAGAAAGCUCUGUUGAGGCUCCGUGAUGUCCAGCACAUAAACCUCCCCCUCCUGUUCGUUCUUAAAUGCUUGACACCAAACGCUACUUCUGUCUAAUAAUAUCAGCUCUCUGGAUUAUAUAUACUCCUCUUCACUGAAAAAAUAAUUCCUUCUAGCUUGGGAUGCUGGAACUGCACCAUUUUAUUCUGGUCUUAACGGUUUUUGGUAUUAUCUUUUAGUAAUAAAUAAAAAAUCAUUGGCCUGAUUAUUAAAAUUUAAAACAGGUAGAACCUGCCCUGCAGCUUUACGCAGUGCAAACCCCGUGUUGCUGUAAGGAAAGGGACCAGCAGCUGUCUUCUUUCUGGUGCUACAACAGAGUGAGGGUUGCAUUGUAAGUGGAGAAUGAAACUGGGACCAGUUGAACUAGCAUACAGUUGCACACAGUUAAUCAUUAGAGAUACUUUUUAAUUAUUUAUGCAAGUAUAUGUGAAAUUGAAUCCAGAUGUCAAAUAAAAAUAUUAUCA